UUUUUUUUUUUUUUUUUUUUUUUUUGUUGUUGUUGUUGCCGAGCGCUGUUGCAGGGAUGAUGAUGAUGGCGGAGCUGGUGCAGGGACAGGCCGCGGUGGCUCAGCCUGGAAUGAAAGGCGAUGGCUUUGCCGACGCGUUGCACCGGGCCCGGCAGAUUGCUGCUAAGAUGGGCGGAGACCCUAUGCCCCACAUGAAUAACUCCUCGCUGGUUGUAGACCCUUCUAUCUACGGCUACGGGGGGCAGAAGCGGUCCCUGGAGGAAGGAGUGGGUAACCAGCUCGGAGCAAUGGUACAUCAAAGGGCUAUUAUGACAGAAGACUACAAAGUGCCUGAUAAAAUGGUUGGAUUUAUUAUCGGCAGAGGAGGCGAGCAGAUCACAAGAAUUCAGCUUGAAUCCGGCUGCAAGAUUCAGAUUUCGUCAGAUAGCUGUGGCAUGAUGGAGAGGCCAUGUACGUUGACUGGUACUCCAGAAAGCAUUGAGCAGGCGAAGAGGCUGCUGGGCCAGAUCGUGGACCGGUGUCGGAAUGGACCCGGGUUCCACAGCGAGAUGGAUGGUAAUAGUGCCAUUCAGGAGAUCCUGAUCCCUGCCAGCAAGGUGGGGCUGGUCAUCGGCAAGGGAGGGGAGACCAUAAAACAGCUGCAGGAGAGAACAGGUGUGAAAAUGAUCAUGAUCCAGGAUGGGCCCAUGCCAACAGGUGCUGAUAAGCCUCUUCGAAUCACCGGAGACCCCUACAAAGUGCAGCAAGCCCGAGAGCUGGUGAUGGAAAUGAUCCGGGAAAAGGACCAGGGAGACUUCCGUGGCGGCAGAAGUGACUUCGGAUCAAGGCUGGGUGGAAGUAGCUUGGAUGUGGCAGUCCCGAGGUUCGCUGUGGGAAUCGUUAUCGGCAGAAACGGAGAAAUGAUUAAAAAGAUCCAGAAUGAUGCCGGAGUGAGGAUCCAGUUCAAACCAGAUGACGGGAUUAGUCCAGAGAGAAUUGCUCAGGUGAUGGGUCAGCCCGAUAGGUGUCAGCAUGCUGUGCAUCUCAUCAAUGAGCUUGUCCACACUGCGCAGGCGGGGCUGGAACCUGUGACCGUCUGGCUCAGAGGCGACAACGUCAUCAGACAGGUGUACAGACAGGAGCGGGAUGGAUUUGGAGGCCCUGCUGGCCCCAGGGGCAGGGGCAGGGGCCGUGGCGAGUGGAAUCUGGCGUCGCCAGGCGGGCUACAGGAAGUAACAUACACGAUACCUGCUGAUAAGUGUGGCCUGGUCAUUGGGAAAGGUGGGGAGACGAUCAAGAACAUUAACCAGCAGGCAGGUGCCCACGUUGAGCUCCAGAGAAACCCGCCUCCCAACACAGACCCCAAUGUCCGGAUCUUCUCCAUCAGGGGCACCCCGCAACAGAUCGACCUCGCCCGGCAGCUGAUCGACGAGAAAAUCGGGGGUUCGGGUCUCGGAGGCAGCAGCUUUGGUUUAAACCCUUUCACCCAAGGACCUGCUGCUACCCACCAAAAUGGACCGCAGACAUUCAUGGCAGGAGGAUGGGGGACCACAUAUCCAACGUGGCAGCAACAGAGUCAGCAGGAUCCUAGUCACAAUGGACCCCAGACUGGCCAGGUGGACUAUUCCAACGCCUGGGAGGAGUAUUACAAAAAGCUAGGUCAGCAAAGCCAGGCUCAAAGCACAGGCCCAGACUACAGCAAGGCAUGGGAAGAUUACUACAAGAAGCAGAGUCAGGCUGUGGGUCCUGCCUCCCAGCAGAGUUCUCCACCUGAUUAUAGUGCAGCCUGGGCAGAGUAUUAUAGACAGCAAGGGACCUACUAUGGGCAAGGCAAUCAGCCGACACAGGCCCCCGGCCUCCAGGAACAUUAGGCACAAGUCCCUUUUAUUGAAGAUUUUGGAAUCAUUGCAGAGAGGAAGAAAAAAAAAAACCUUUUCUAACAGAGGUUUCUAGAUUUGCAACGCCUUGAUUUGAAGACUUUUUUUUUUCCUUAGUGAGAAACACUAGCUGUAGAAUGACUUAUAUGAUUAAAAAAAAAAAAAAAAAAAAAUUGCAGAAUUUCUAAAUCAGGAACAUUUAAUUGUUACUAAAAGUUGUGGACACAGUUAUAUUUGAAUGGACAAAUUCCGGGAUCUCUUUUGGGCUUAGAAAACUUGUUUUGUGUUCUUUUUUUUUUUUUUUUUUUUUUUUUUUUUUAAGAGAAACUCCAAAAUAUACGCCCGGGAGUUGUAACAUUUCAGCAAAACGCAAUAUAAUCUAUUUUUUCUAGUUCUGUUGCAAUAAAGAAACGUUAUUUAGGCUUGGCAGUCUUGAGUAAAAUUUGCUGAAUAUUUUUUUUUGACAAAUGUUUUAAAAAUGUGUACAUUUGUGUAGGUUGUUUUUUUUUACUUAACAUUUUAAUGUUUUUUUUUUUUUUGAGAUGAAGCUGUGAUGUUUUGUUCAUGAAGAGUUGUUGAUUAGUUAUGGGAAGCCAUGAUUGGUGAUCGCCCAGCGAUUUCUGAAAUUUAAUUCCUGUCGUGCUAUAUAUUUUUCAUUGUGAUGUUUGUAUUCCUGGUUAAGAAGAAAAGGUGCAAUAUCUAAUUUCAGUUUGAAACGGAAGGAAGGAUUCUCCCUUUUUUUUUAUUUGGACAAACUGGUAGUUCUACAUUUAUGAGGUGAUUUUUUUUUUUGGUGAUAAAUAAGCAAGAUUUAUGGAUUUUUAUUAUAUUGAUCAAGUGAAGUUUAACAAAAACAACAAAACAAUUAAUGUCUUGUAUUAAGUGCUGGCUUUUGAUAUCUUAAACCUAUGUGUGUGUAUACAAGUGCUUGAAAUACAUUGUUAUUUUUAAAAUGCAGAGGAUGCUUUUCUCGAUUGGUUUACCCUCUUGCACCUGCCCGCCCAGCCUCCUCGCCUGUUUCUUUUCAGUUCUCUGUGGGGUAGAGAGGGAGAGGGGGGGAGAGAGAGAGAGAGAGAGAGAGAGAGUUCAGCUUUGAAAUUUGAUGUUGCAUCCUUUUUGAAGGGACAAAAACAAAUCAGGUUGUCAAUUUGUUUGUUCUGUACAUUUAAUACUCAAGACUGCGAAGCCUCGUUUGGAUCCUACCUGUGUAAUAAUAAUUAACAGUUUUUAUAUUAAGUAUUAAGAGACUGUUGUUGGUUUAUCCUAUCCCCUCCCCUCCUCCUUCAGUACACACUGUGGACAGUCCUAAUGCUAAUAACUUUUUAAUUCAUUGUUAUUACUGUUUUUCUUACAGCUGUGUGUGAUUCUAAUAUGUCUGAUUUUGAAUUAGUUUGAAGUGAGUUUAGGUAUUAACUGCAUUGUGGUAAGAUUUAAGUUGCUUAAUGAAAAGGGAUAUUAUAAUUUCAGAAUGUUUUGUUUUUAGUGGGUUAUUUUUUCUCGUGUGUACAGUUAACCAUGUAUUAAAAACCCAAAAGUGAA